GGGGUAGUAAGUGAUGCACGAUACGAUAACUUUAUAUUGAACGGGAAGACUGCGUGCGUCCUUAUUUCCUUCCUCGUAUCGAGUCAGUACACAAUCAGCGGAGGAAAAAAGGCGAUUUUCUGUCAUUUGUUUGUAAAGCCAGCGUUUCUUAUUACAAACCCUGCGGAUUCCUUACCUAGAGGUGGAUCUAGGAAUUCUUAAGGAGCGUUACGUAAAGAUGACUUCCGAGGAAACCGCGAUUGAAAUGGAUCGGCUCAACAACGAGCAGGGAACCAUUUUAGACCACAGCGCACCAGGGUCUUCUGAUGAGAGCGACAACGAUACGACAGAGAAAACUGCCGAGGACGUCCAGGAUCACUUCGCCGUACGUGAUGUGGUGCCACAAUGUCGUACCUUCGCUGGGAUGAAAAUCGUUGAUUUCUUUGACAGAGAUAAAAUCAAAAUAGGACAGCGGGUAGUCCGUGGAGUUGAUUGGGACAGGGAGGACGAGGAUGGGGGAGAAGGAAACGUGGGAACUGUGGUGGAAAUCCUCAACAACUCUCAACAGGUGCGCGUCCAGUGGGAUUCCCAGGACACGCUGAACGCUCAGGAAAACCCCUACAAGUUUAUUUAUAGAACAGGGAUGGACAAGAAAUAUGACCUGCGACUUUUUGAUAACGCUCAGACAGGGGUGUAUCACAAGUUCUGCGACUGUGACAGUUGUGGUGAGGUCCCAAUCCGAGGAAUGAGGUGGCGGUGUUUGUACUGCGAGGAUUACAAUCUAUGUACGGAAUGUUACAUGUGCGACAUUCAUGAAAAAGGUCACGUGUUUGAACGACACCAAAGAAUGAAAACGAUCAGUGUUAAUGUAGGGAUGAGGGCAGAUUUACAAGACGUGAAAGCUAAGGGAAUAUUUCCUUCAUCGGAUGUAAAAUCCAGGAAAGACCCACAUCUGACAGGUACCGUUGAGACUGUUGAUGACAAUAUCGCCAUUACAUAUAACUGUGACGCAAAGGUCACGUGGGAAGAGGAGGGAUUCACCAAAAGAUACCGGGUGGGAAGAGAAGGGAAAGUGGACAUCAUGUUUACAGAGCCCGCGAGAGUGAAGUAUUUCCAGGACCAUCUGCAGGGAAUCACUAAAGGCAAUGUAGCUGAAGGAAUACGAGUCGUGAAAAAAUCCGACAAUGAUGACGUGACCGUUGGAACAAUCACCCAUUCACCGGAAAUUGAUAUAAUGAAAAGAGACGCGAAACGAGGACAAAGACGCCCAAUCACCAACGACCGAGGAUCUCUCAACCCGCACCAAAGAAAGAAAGUCCGAGCUAAAGAAAAGGCGGUUGGAAAUCAGCAUUGUUUAGUCACCGUGCAGUUGGAUAAUGGACAAAUUGUUAAAAUGGAUACGAAAGAAAUAUUAUUGUUUGACAACAGUCAGAUAGGAAUUUAUCAUGAUGCUUUGUGCGCUGGGUGUGAAAGCGGCCACAGGAUCAAAGGAAUGAGAUGGAGGUGUACCGAGUGUCCUAACUAUGACCUCUGUACAUCAUGCUACAUGUCUGCGAAGGAUAAACAUAUCGACCAUAAAUUCCAGCGAAUCACUGAGCCUGCAGAAAGGGAACAGCUAAAGACCACUCGCACAACCCCAGGAGUACAAGUGAGAACAGCUCUAGGAAUGUUCACAGGCGCCAAGGUCCAGGAACUGGAAGGCAAUACAGAUAAAGCACAAGGAAAGAAGGGCACCAUAACAGAAAUAUGCCAUUACAGAAAAAACGAGGCAAGGUGUAUCGUCGUUGUUAACAGAGAUGGUGACGUGGAUGAACAAGUUAUAGGACAUUUUACCGAUUUUCAAAAUGACCAAAACAAUGAAUGCUUCUUUUAUUAUCCAUCACAUCUGCCCGACUUGGGAAAAGAUAUCCAGGGAUAUGUCGAAGUGAAAGACAAGACCAGUCAUGCAAAAAUUGAUGUUGAACUGUGGUAUGAGAGAGAUGUCCCCAAGUGCUCGCCAGAAGUUCAACACAGUCUUUAUCUGAUUUUUGCACACAAACCAGAAGAAGUUACCACGGCAUCAUUCAAGAAUACUUUGAACAGGUUUCGCCCUUUAGAGGACGUGAGGAAAUUCGCACGUAAAUCUCGUUUGCCGUGUCAGCUUGCAGUUGAGAAGGUACUUUUUGUUGACGAAGCGGUCGUCAUCCACAAAGACACCACUACUUGCACAAUACAAAAUUUGAUAGAUAUGGGCGUCAGGAAGUUGGUCCGCGGGGACACGCGGGAGGACGAAGAUGAACAACUAUAUUUUCUACGAAUGUCAGUGUAUUUAAGUGGAAAAAUUCCCUUGCCCGCCUUUGUUUCACUACGUAACGGAGUAACUCACACCGACGCCCUUUUCAGAGCCUCGGGGAACAAAAUUCCAGUUAUCUGCUUUAAGAAAGAAACCAAGAAAGUAUAUGUAUUGACAAUGGAAGACGAUGUGUAUUGUGUGAAAGCGAUGGAACAUAAAAUUGAUUUGAAAGCUCCAUGGAAGGUCACCAAUGUGAUCAUGAAGGAUUAUGACGUAGGAAGUGACGGCGGAGAGGAAGAUGAUGAUGAAAUCACUCAACUAGAGGAUAUACCUGCCGAUUUCGAAAACGUGGCUGCGUUGAUUUCCUCUUUGUUGAUUGGAGUAUACAUGUAUGCGUGUUCCUUCGACGCAAGCCGUGAUAUUUUCGGAGGCAACAGUCAUAUUUACCCAAACGCUUUGUCGAUGCAUUUAAUGAAAACUGGGCAAUGGAAAAUACCAAAAAAUUUCAUCAAAGGUUCUUUUAACCAUCGAUCGAUUGAAUUCAUUUGUGAACAAAAAAUGACUGAACAGUUCCAGAAUGGUCUUUGGAGAGAUUUGGUAGCAAAGACUAAAUCGGCUUAUGUCGUACCGAAAUGGAAGAGGAAAGGGAUAGAUUAUGAUGAACGGGAUGUUGCGGAGUGGGACUUGGAUUCAGAGGGAAGAUUAGAUGUGAAAAUUUCAGGCCUUUACGGUUUAAUUUUCUUCGCACUUCUGAGAAAGGGAUAUUAUGAUGGCGCUAAACAGCUGAUAGAAACUGGCUGCGUUAGAAUUUCCCACCUGUUGAUUGGCUGUGUCAUUCUACAAGAAGCGGCAGAUGACUGGAAUACGAGUCAACUGCAAAAGGAAAAGGUCUUGCAGAUGAAAGCAUUGUGCACCCAGCAGGCCUUACGAAUAACGAGUUGUCUUCACGAGGCUGACGCAGACGACAGGAGAAAAAAUAGAGAGGGGAAAGUAUCAGGACUACGGAUUGAUCACGCGGGAAAACUUCUGUUGAAUCACGGGUACCUUUCAAGCGCCUUAAAGACAGAAAACAGCGCUUAUCUAAACGACGAAAUCGUCAAAAAAGUCAUCAGUCAGAUGUGGUACAAGCAUGAUAGUUUCUCUUUUAAAAAGGGCAUGCUGUUCGUCAUCUUGAUAUUGUUUCACUUCUUGUUGUUGCCUCCAUUUAUGUUCACCAUGGAGACUACGCCAUUUAAGUGGUUCUACAAGCAGUAUCAGAUUCCUGCCAUGAAAGUUCUUCUAAAUGGGUUUGGUUGGUUGAUGAUCUUGAAUGCACUAGCCUACAUGUUGCUCUUUGAUUUUACCGGCGGAAUAAGUCGAACGGAUUGGUUUAUAAUUGCCUGGAUGACAAGUUUUUUCCUCGACGAAACAAAACAGGUUAUCAUUUCAAUAAGGAGAGGAAAGAUCGGAUCUUACCUCAGGGACUGGUGGAAUCGAUUAGACUGGCUGACACUGAUCGUGUACUGUUGCGGGAUGCUGACUAAAUUAGGUGGUACUAACCACAACGCGUGCAAGACUCUCCUAGUUUUGGCGUUUAUUCUGAUGUGUGCGAGGUUCCUUAAUUUACUGAUGAUAUCAGAAAUUAUCGGAGCGAAACUUGUGAUGAUCAAACGAAUGUUUGUGGAUACUUUUGCAUUCCUUGCGAUAACAACAGUGAUUACGGUGUGUUACAGCGUGUCAUAUUACGCCAUUCUCUACUCCGAGGACUCGGAACUUAGUUUCGCUGAGAUGGAGAGAGUGUUCGGCAAUGGAUUUUGGAUCUUAUUCGGGGAGUUAGCAUUGGAGCAAGGCCUAUUGAAGGAACCAGAGUGUACGUUCAACAGAACACUGUACAGUAGUGGAAAGGUGGAACGCUGCCCGUCAGAACUGGGGCUGGCUCUGGGUCCCUACCUGAAGGCCGUGUACGCUUUGUUCGCCAUCAUUCUUCUCUUAAAUCUUCUUAUCGCUAUGUACAGUCACACAUUUGAAGAAGUUCAUGAGAGGAGCAAGUUCUAUUGGGCGCUUCUUCAAACGGACUUUUUGGAAGAGUACAGUGUGAAAAGUAUCUUCCCAAUCCAUUUCCAGCUGUUAAUUUUACCAGUGUGUCUCGUCCACUUUCUCCUCUGCUUCUUACGUUCAGGAUUUCAAAAAUGUGAUUGUAAAUGGAGAUAUGAACGAGAUGCCUACCGUGACUUAGAUGUCGAUGAAUACGAUAAGGACGUCGACGACCGUCUCAACCAUUGUCCGAUGUUUGUCAGAGUAUUCCUGUACGACACAAACUAUGACUUGAAUUUGAAGGCAACACGAGAAGCAGAGGGACAAGCUGCCCUCAAGGCAUCGGGCGAUCUGGAAGUAACAGACGAAGAUAAACUAACGGUCAUCCAAAAGAAGAUUAAGAACCAGAAGAGAAUAACAGUCAACAUAGACGGAAGAACCUCGAAGAUUCUUCAAGAGAUAAAACAGAUGAAACGCGACAUAAAGAAUUUGUAUAAAGCUGUAUCACCUGACACAGUGCCAGAGGACAAUAUUGAUACAGAUUAAAAGCAUUAUUUGAUCCAGAGCUUUUUCGUCUAUACCUGCUACACAGAAAUGCGAAAUCCGAAUGCAUGAAAUCCACACGUAGAUUGCAAUACACACCGACGUAGUGAUCUCCAUGUGGUACAAACAUUUCCAAUGUGUUACAAUUUUAUAAUGUUUCUCUGUAUCAUACGUUCCACAAUUAUAUCAUACGGAGGAAAGAAGACGAUUCAUAGACGAGGAAAAAUCCUGAAUGAUAUUUUGUUUUUAUAUCCAGUAUUUCACAUGUUAUAUAAGGAGGAAUGACACAUCUGAAAUGACUUAGUUACAAAUGAAGUAGAAAUCAGUCUGAAAAAAAAAAAAAACAACUAAAACCACCACUAGACUCAAACCAACGGACGGUAGAUCUACAGUCAUCAUGAUUAUACCACAGAUCAACAGUCAACACGAUAUAGACAAAUAUAUUUAAAAGGAGAUCUAUAUUUUCAUUCAAGUUUCAAAAGGAAGUCGGUCAUUAUUACAAUGUGUUGUUUCUCCUUAAUAUAAUCCAUUUUCAAUAACAAAUGUGUAUCUUUAUAAAUGAUGGUUUGUUAUGUUAAUUUACUUCGUUUUCAGAUGAAUUUUUCUGUUUUGAGAUUUUAUUUUUCAUUUGAAUUUCUUUAAGAUCUUUUCAUUAUUUUGGUUCAUGUUUCAUGACAAAUACCGAGUCACAAAUUAAUUAUAUGUGUGUUAAUUUAAAUAGUAACUGUGCACUCAUUUAUGUUGUAAUCUGUACUGUACAAUGUUAUUAUCAUUACGUAUAUUAAUUUACCUGAUCUAAAAGCCCAAAUGAACUAUUAUAAUCACAUUUUGUCUGGUGUCUGUCCUAAUGUCCGUAAACUUUAAGCAGUGACGAUUUCUUCUCCAAAACAACAGGGCUAAUUUAAACAAAACUUGCCACAAAACAUGUUUGGGUAAAGAUGAUUCAUGUUGGUUUAAUUGAAGUACCAACCCCCCUUUUUAAGUAGAGAUAAUCAAGAACUCGUAAAAAUGUGGCAUCGUUUGAAAAUCUUUAUAUCCAGAACCAAUGGACCAGUUUUAAUCAAAUUUGACAGAAACCAUUCUUAGGUCCAGGGAAUUUAAUUUUGUUGAAAUGAAAGGAUACGGUUUGCCCAAGGGGAGAUAAUCAAGAAAUGGCGAACACACAGGGGCAUUCAAAAAGCGUCGUAAGAGCCAUUAAGCUUGAACAAGUUUGAAUUCAUAUGAAUUAUCCUGAAAUAGUGUAGAUUCAAGCUUCAAAUCAUACUUCCCUGGGGACAACAUGGGCCCACAAUAGUGGGUCCAUAUUUCCAUGGUGAUAAAUAGGAUGAAUCACUUGUAAUUUUUCUCAAUAACAACAUAGGGCAUGGUUAGUCAUAUUAAUAUGAAAACAUUUCAAGGUAGUACAGAUUCCAAAUUGUUGAAAUUGUGGUCCCUGGGAGUAGAGUGAGGAAACCUUGGGGAUCAAGUUUUACAUCGUAAUCUACAGGAAAACCUCUUAAUAACAGCAGGAUCACGAAUACUGAUAUUGGUAUGCAAGCAUCCCCAGGUAGUGCAGAUCAAAAAUGCUCAAAUCAUGACCAUCGGGAGGUAAGGUGGGACCACGAUAUGGAAUCAAAGUUGUAUAUGGGAAUAUAUAGGGAAACAUCUUCCAUAGCAUAAUUUAUUUCUUGAGACAUUGUAUCAUGACUAGGUUGGGGCCACAAUUUGGAGUCCAAUGUUAUUGAUGAGGAAAUAUAUUGUAAAAAAUACAAUAGCUGAAGAGCAGCAUGCUGGUCCAUAGUAACUUAGUGAGCGAUGUGGUUAAAGGGUUUCUUGCUGUUAUUUUCAUAAAAGAAACACCAAUUUGUCUUCAUAUGUAAGAAAUGUCCAUCUUUGUCUCCGAUUCAUAGAUAU